AUGGCAUUUCUCGGAGAAGCUGCUAUAGAGAAAAUUUGUGAGGUGGCCGUGGAGAUGGCCGUUCAGAAAUUAACUGAGGAGGCAAACCUACUACUGGAUUUCAAAGAAGACUUCUCGUGGUUAAAGGAUAAACUCAUAUAUGUAAGGAGCUUUCUGCAAGAUGCUGAUCAACAGUCUCCACAUAAGGAGGGUGUAAAGCAAUGGCUAGAGAGAAUUCGCGUUGUUUCCCUGCUUGCAGAAGACAUCUGUGAGGAAUGCGUUGUAGAAUCUAUUUAUGGAAAUGAUCCUCACUAUUGUGGGAUGAGUUAUAAUAAAUUGAUUUUUCGCCAUAGGAUAGGGCGGAAAAUCAAGGACAUCAAGGAACGCAUGAGAUCUAUUAUUGAAGAUAGCAACGAGCUGAAGCUAUUGGGUGAAGUUUGGUCUUUAAACGAAGCAUCGCCCAGUACAUCUCAUAGUGUAGACCACAACAAAUCUUAUCUUCUGCCCAGUGGCAGCUAUUCACACGCAGUGGGAAUAGAGUCCAAAGUUGAUUACAUGCUCAGAUUGUUGGACACCAAUGCCUCUCCAAUUAUUGCAGUGGUUGGGAUGGGAGGUAUAGGCAAGUCUUAUCUUCUUCAGCAUGUUUUCAACAACGUAAAGGAAAGGUAUGAUAAAUCUAUAUGGCUUUCAUUUUCUCAGUCUUAUUCCAUUUCCACGUUGCAAUGCGACAUAGCUUCCCACUUAGGUUUAGGACAGCACAUUAGGAGCGAGGGAAUAUCUCAUGAGAGAGCAGCAGAGUUGAUUCAUGAAAAUCUCAAAGGAAAGAGAUAUCUUGUGGUCUUAGAUGAUGUGUGGGAGGCGAGGGAAGAUUUAUUAUGUAAGCUUGGCCUCUUAACCGGAGACAAUGGGCAUUGCAAAAUUCUGGUUAGCACAAGAAACAGAGAGGUUUGUAUAAUUCUGAAUGCUCAUAUUUACGAGAUGCAAUUUUUGUCAGAGAAAGAGAGUUGGAGUCUGUUUUGUUUCUAUGCAUUUAAAGGAAAUGAAGCGCCAAAUCAUCAGCUCCACGGAGUAGGCCGUGACAUUUUAAAGCAAUGUGGGAAUUUGCCGCUAGCUAUCAAAAUGGUAGCUGCAUCUCUGCCGAAGACAACAAUGCCAAGGGAGUGGGAGUCAAAGCUCCAUCGGCUUAAAGGGGUAGUUGUUGCCGAUGAUGAUCAGAUCAUGCCCAUUCUCAGACUCAGUUAUUUCUCAUUGCCUGCUCGUCUUAAAGCGUGUUUUUUUUAUCUUUCUUUCUUUCCCAAGGUUGAGCAGAUAAAAUGUGAGUAUCUAGUAUAUCUGUGGAUAGGGGAAGGCUUUAUUCCAGCUGGAGAGGGUCAGUGGGAGGCAGCAUGGGAUUGUAUUAAUCAGCUUGCCAAUCUCUGUCUGCUUCAAGUAUGGGAACAAUAUGAGGAUAGGCCAGGUUGUAAACUAACCAAUUAUUGUAGAGCUCACGAUUUGUUGCAUAAUUUGGCCAUAACAAUAUCAAAAGAAAAUAAAUGUAUUUUUUCAGUUGAGGAAGCUUCUUGUGGUCAAUGUGGUGACUGCUGUCGGAUUUUACUGGGCAUGAAAGAUGUAAAUGACCCUCCCAUAUCAGAGAGACAUCUUCUUUGGCUCCACACCCUCUCAUUGUCUCAGAAUUGGAGGAUUAGAAGAAUUCCCGGGGACAUGUUUAAUGCUAUGAGAAGAUUGCGUGUUCUCGAAUUGAGCGGGACCAGCAUCUCUACAUUGCCUCAAAGCCUUGGAAAGUUGAAACUUCUAAAAGUCUUGAAUUUAAAUGAUACAGAAAUUGAGAAGGUACCAAAGAGUGUGAGAUACCUGAAAAGUCUCUUGUUUCUUGCUCUGCCUAAACGAUGUAAGGAAUUGCCAGUAUGGAUAAAUGAAGUGAAUUGCCUUCAGCAUUUAGAGUGCAAGGGUGUUAAACGCAUGCCAAAAGGAAUAUCAAAGCUAAUUGCUUUGAGAACACUGCGAUCAGGUGAGUUAGACCUUUCUAGUGAAGGCGAAGGAUUCAUGGGACCAAAGGAUUUUGUCAAUAUCACUCAACUUCAGGAACUAUCCUUAGAUGUUAACAAGGCAAUGGGUUCAAGGAUAGAAGAAGGGAUACUUGCACUACUGGUAAAGAUGCGUCGUCUGACAAUUCGUAACAGCACUGUAAAAGAAUUGGAGAUUCCGAAGAAAAUGACAGCAAUGAAAGAUCUAGAAAGUCUUAUACUAUGGAGUUUUGCAGUAGGAAGUUGGAUAUGUGACAUGGCAAAUUUGAGGGAACUCGAGUUAAAGUGGUGUGAUUGUAGUAAUUAUCCAAAGUUGCCAACAAUGCCCAACCUAGUGAGGUUGGAGUUGUCGGGAAAUGAUAGCUGCAAAGAACUGCCAAAGGCUUUUGGGCAGCGGGGAGGCCUUAUGCAUCUGCGCUUCUUGAAAAUUGAUUGGUUCAAUGAAUUAGAGGAGUUUCCUGAAUUGGAGGAGGGGGCAAUGAUAUGUCUGGAGGAGUUUCAUCUAUGUAAUUGCAGGAAAGUUUAA